CAGUGGCUUCUGCGCACCGCACAUCGGGGCGACACCAACCGGCCCAACUUCGUACCACAGUGUCCAAUGUCAGUGUGUCACCUAGCAAUAGUUCUUGGUUUCUUUUUAAACAACAACGACGAAAUUGAGACAACAUGCCACUGAACGCAGACCAAAUUAAAAGCGUCCUUUCCACGUCGGAUUGGGAGCUGAAGCCGUUCGUUCCCGACAUCCUGAAACUGAACGUAGGCCAAGGACGAAAAAUCGUCGACGACUUACUGUUCAACUUAGUGAACAAAGACAAAGCGAGGCAGGAGAGCUUGGAGCUUCUUACAACGGUUGCCGAGGCGGGUAAUUUGGAGGCUUCGGAAGCUUGGGAAGUCCUCAGUGUAUGUUUGGCACGUCCAAUUGCCUCCUGUAAAGAACAGGAACUGCUGACGUUGACCGCCAUCCUGGACCACGUGCCUGAAGUCGAUGAAUUCCACGACCAAUUAGAGGACGAUUAUCUGAAGAAAAUCGUCGAAGCUUGCGUGUCAACCACUUUGGAGAGCGUGUUCGAAGUGCAAGCGGCUUUGGGCCUCCUAACUAGUUGCUUGAAAUAUUACGGCGAUUACCUGGGGGAGUUUAAGACAAAAAUCGAGAAGUUCCUUGUCAAAAUGCUGGACAGUGAUGACCAGGAGGUCGUCCAAAAGGCUGCACACACAUUUUUAUACCUACAACAGGUUGGAGAUGGAGGAGUUGAUGGCCAGGGUUACGUCGACAACUUCUCAAGGCAAUUUGGAAGGUUGUGUUCAACUGCACACAGCCUGUACGACGUUUUGUUUAAUAGCAUCAAGGAAAAAGAGCCCUACGACAAUUACGAGACUGAGUCACCAUUUACUUUUAACUGUUACACCUCCGACAGUCUUAAGACUUUGUAUGACUCGACAAAACGUCUAAGGAACUGUUUGUGUUACUUAAAAUAUAUGAUUAGUAAAAAAUUUCCUGUAAGGAAAGAAACAAAGCCCAAAGAGAUUCUGGAUGUAGUGAUAAGAGGUUUGGCAGUUCAUCAAUGUUUAGCUGGAGAUGUUGCGACACAUACUUAUCAUUUUACUUUAUUACUUAAUGUUUUACAGAAAGAUUUGUUGCAUUUGUUGCAACUAGUUAUAAAUGGGUAUCAAACUCAUUUGUUGCCAUUUAGUUUUACCAUAAAUAAGUUGUUGGCUGAUUGUUUGAAGAGGAUUCAAAGAUGUGAUUGCUUCAAAAAUGAUUGUGGAUACAAAAGAGCCAUUUACAAAACAAUCAUAGCAUGGCUGAAAAUAGCAAAGACAGCAAUUAACAAAGUAUUACAAAAGGGGUUGGUGGCAGCAAUUUUAUGUGACAUAAGUCCAAUCAAAAAACAAAAAGCUAAACCUCAAUCUAAGGCAAAGAGUGGAAAAAAUCAAAGUUUGUCACCUUUUGAAGUUGAAUAUUCAGAAGAAAGUCGUAAACAAGCAUUGAACUGCUUAAAGUAUUUGUUCCGAAGCAACUCAUUCAACUUAGCAGGCAAUAUUUUACAGGGCAUCUACAAGGCUGUCCUGGUGAGGCCAUACAAUAACACUGAAUGUCAGAAGUUAGUUUAUGAAGUUGUGGUGGCCAUCUACGAUGAUGAAACCCUUUCUACGUACCCCCCUUUGCAACUAAGCAUUGAUUUGCUACAUCGUGGGGCAAAUUCCUUUAACAGAUCCAUCGCAAGUACUUGCGAAAUGGGUCUAAAUAAUUUGGAGAGGCUCUGUCAACCUAUUUGCCCUUCCAUCUUGUCCCCCAUCUUAAAUUUCAAUUUCCAAGAGUUAAACGUGCACGAAGACUCCACGUUGAGUUUAAUUGAUGAAGAUGUGGUUGAAGAGGUGUCUGAGGAAGUUGUGCCAAAGAUAAUUAUAAUAUCCGAUCAACUUAUUAGACCCGCCUUUGAAAAUAAGGAACAAUUGCCGGAGCCCAAACCCAUAGAAGUCGUUAAUGAAACACCUGAGGACUCUAAAUUAGUUAUAACACUUGACGAUGUUGAUGAAACAGGGAUAACUAAGAAACAAAAACAUGUUGGAACCAUCAUAGAUUUAACUGUUUGUGAUGAUGAGCCUCCUGAACCACCCAAGAAGAAAUCAAAACCUGAAACUGUUCCCGAUGCUCCGCAGAAUAAUGAUGUUCCCGAUUCUCAGCAGGAUAAUGAUGUGUCGUCAGAAACACAGAGUAUUUCAUCUUCAGUUUCAAGUUAUUAUCCAUUUAAUUCAUUUUCAUGUUUUUUCAAUUCAAGUACAGAGUCGUCAGAUUCUGAUUUCGAUGCACAUUUUUACUGCCCAUUUUUAAACUCAUCACCAAGUUCAUGUUCUUCCUAAUGAAUAGUUUAAUGUUACGUGUGUGAAAAUUUGGUUUCAAUAAAAUAAU